AUGGCCUCACUCUAUCCUAGUCUUGAUCCCAGUAUGAUCCCAGCGGGCGUCCCUCCACCAGGGGUCGUGCCCAACUUCGUUAAUCCUCCAACGCGAGCAGAACUCCCCAAGAUCUUCAUCUAUGUAACACUACCGCCGAUGCUAGUAUUUUUAGGGUUGCGAAUUUAUACCCGGGUCAAGUAUACGGUGCUUGGUCUCGACGAUGUCAUUGGCAACCCUUCAGGGCCACACAUGUGGGAUAUCCCAUUGAGUAAAGUCACAACUCAUUGGGCGGAAUUCAGCAUUGUGUUAGCUAUCAUGUACCUCGUUGCCGCGCUCUUCAUUAAGGCAUCAAUUCUGGUUCUCUAUCGCCGGAUAUUCAGGCCAUCAGACAUGGCGAACCUUCUUAUAUGGAUCUGUGUCGUCGUCAAUGUAGCUUUCUACCUCAUCUCUAUCACUAUAUUUGCCGUCGCAUGCGUUCCACAUGGCAACGAUUAUAAGACCGGUGGUUGGCUCUCGGCAAUCUAUUCCCAGCGGUGCAAUAGCAUUAGUGGCCGCGUGACUAUAGCCUCAGGUGCUGUAGGAACCUUUAUUGAUUUAUACAUUCUCAUUAUUCCCGCCAUAUUUCUCUCUGGUUUGCAAACCUCAAUUAAGAGGAAGGCUGGUCUUUUGGCCAUUUCUGCCGUCGGUACCGCUGCGCUCGCGUUCUCGAUUGCUGGUACAUAUUUUAGAUCCAUCAAUAUCCGUACCGCAGGAAGUGACCUAUCGUGGGAUUCCAUGCCUAUAUAUGGGACAAAUGUCGGGGAGAUUAACGUGGGUAUCAUGUCUAGCUGCAUGCCUGUCAUCUUCGUUCUUUUCAGGGGAUUAACGGCUUGGUGUGCCUCCCAAGUGUCAAAGCUUUGGUCUUUGGCUGGCCUCAGUAAACGAACAAAUGGUCCGAUAGAACCUGUUGAUACCCAACCACUUCAUGACGACAUGUCGGAUAAGAAGAAGCUCCCAGAGUGGCCAAAGGGGACACUUACGGGACUUAGAUCGUUGAUGCGCAACUUUAACCGCACCAAUCCAGCCAAGACCCAGACAGCCAAUUCGUGCGUGACGUACGACAGCGUUGACUAUGACUACCAUAUGCAAUUGAAGAAACAGGCAGAACCAUCUCAGAGCCCUCAAGGAACAGGUUCUUGA